UCUUACAUAGUAGAAGAAUGAGUCGAUUGCGUCAACCACCCUUUUACUGCGUAAUCCGGUAGUCAAUUGUGUUAAGUCUAUGUUUCGUUACGGGCUUCUAGUUCUUUCACCUUCGUGCCUCAGGCGUAAAUUGCCCGCUCUUUUGACCCAAGUUUCGCAAGAAGUUAAAGGAGUUCUUUAUGUAGAUAUCUACGAACCUGAUUUUGUUGUCCAACGCGUUCGCAGUUUGUACGAGCUGUUGGUUCAUGUUUAUGGAACCGGCUCUUCCAAAAUCGGGGAGCUGGAUGUCCGAGUUUUACUACCUCGAACUUUGACCGCUAAUGAUGGUUGUACUGAAGAAGUAAGAAAUCUCGUCAAGUCGCCCGAGGUUGCUUUCGUUCGCGAUGUGUUUGAAAACGAUCAAUCGAAAGUUGGUCUUUUGAAGUUCAAGAAAUGGUUGACGAAACGUUUUCAGUUCUCCGAUCUCGACGGAAAGCUCAAGUAUUUGAAACUUGGAGAUGAGCUUAUUAGCGAGGGAGAAGUACAAAAGCAGCUCGGUAAUGAUCUGAAUGAUACAUGUCUACAGACUUACAAACAAGUGGUCCUCGGUGGAACGUUUGAUCACAUGCAUUCUGGUCACAGGUUGCUUCUGGCUGUUGGUUCUUUGCUUUGCGAACAGAGAAUCACCAUUGGUCUUAGCGAGGGACCUCUUCUGGAAAAGAAGGUCUUAAAAGAACUCAUCGAACCUUUCCAGGAUAGAAAGAGUAACUUGCAAGAGUUUCUUAAGGACGUAAAGCCAGGUUUGGAACACAACAUCAUACCACUGACUGACCCUGUUGGUCCAGCAGGAACUGACCCAGAAUACCAGUGUCUCAUCGUUAGUAAGGAAACAGAGAAAGGAGGAUUUGUGGUGAAUGACAUGCGUGAGAAAAAGGGUUUGAACCCACUUGAUGUGCAUGUGAUUGAUGUUGUCAUUGAAAAAGACAUGGAGUCAAACCAGGGAAGACACCACCAUGGAGAAGAGAAGAUGAGUUCUACCAUGGAAAGACAGAAAUUAUUGGGAAAACUUUUACAACCUGUUGCUAGGAAAGAAAGAGCACAUGGGCACCCUUAUGUCAUUGGUCUAACAGGAGGGAUUGCUAGUGGAAAAUCAUCAGUCUGCCAAAGGCUCAGAGGCCUGGGUGCCGCAGUCAUUAGCUGUGACCAGUUGGGACAUCAGGCAUACACACCAGGGAAGAAGGCUUACAAAGAAAUUAUUGAGAACUUUGGAAAUGGAAUUCUGACUGAGGAAAAGAAUAUCAACAGAAGGGCUCUGGGCUCUGUUGUUUUUGCUGACAAGGCCAAGCUCACAUUGCUAAAUCGCAUCGUCUGGCCAGAAAUUUUGUUACAAGCCCAAGCAGAAAUUGCAAGGUAUGCAGAGGAAGGUUUCAAGGUUUGCAUCUUGGAUGCUGCAGUUCUUUUGGAGGCUGGCUGGGACAAAGCAACCGAUGAAGUAUGGGUGACAUUUGUCCCAGAAAACGAGGCUGUGACGCGCAUUCUUUCAAGAGAUGGCAUCUCAGAAGAACAGGCUCUCAACAGAAUUAAAUCCCAGAUUAGCAAUGAAGAAAGGGUAAAAAAGGCAAAUGUUGCCAUUUGCACUUUGUGGGAACCUGAGUUUACUCAAGAGCAAGUUGAGAGAGCCUGGAGAAGUUUGAUUGAAAGGAUUUAAAUCAUUUCAACACUGUCUGUUGUCUGAUUUGGAGGACUCCCAAAAAAUUACUAGCAUUUUAUUCCUCCUUACAGUAAUCUUGCUGAAUCUUUUAUUAACAUCAGGAUAAUAAAAUAAGUGGUUGUUAAUCUUAGAAGCUUAGAUUUUUAAAUGAAGUCUUGUUAUUAGUACUUAAAGGAAAUUUAUAGAGAAGUGUAAAGAGAAUAUGGAUUAUCAUGUUAGGAAGUAAAGGGUUAAUAUUUUUAUCUUAUUAGAUGAUUUAGUGCAAAGGAAAGCGGAGUAUUUUUACAGUUUUGAAUUUUUUGCAUUUUGAUGAGCCCAUAGGACAAGUCAAAAUACAAUCAAUGGGUAAAAAUACUCUGAUAUUACACACUAAAAUGGCAAAUAUGUUAUUUAUUAUCCAACUGCUUUUUUUCUGUGAAGUUUACGUGUAAGUCUACAUUUCUCAUACAGCAGGAGAAGAAAAGUGGGUAGUGAAGCAUAGCACACACAGCCAACUGUUUAAACAGGUUUUUUACAGUGCAGAAUAACCAAUUGUCCAAAUAACCAUACAAUAUUGCAGGAUAUUUGUACUCUAUUGGUGUGUUAUUUAUACAAGAUACUAAGUGCAGUUGGAUAAUAAAUAGUUCUAUUUGGAAAUGGUGUGGCACUUACAAGCAUGUUUGAAUAUUUUUGAUUUAUGAAACAUAUUUUUGUCAUGUCAACUCAUGACAAUUUUAUACAAUUUUAUAUGUAAUCUCAGCUAUUGAAAGGAAAAAGGGGUUCUUCCAGUUUAAAUUUUUUUUCAAUAUUUUCCUUAACUCUCUUAACCUUGCUGUUUGAUUUAGAAGUUACAAUGUGAUCCUGUGGGAAUCAAUAUCAGUAUCUGGGCAACUGCCCACCUACCCCUCCCCUAACCCAACAACAGUCAAUUGAUAACAAGUUAGGGCUAACAUUGGGUCAGGGGAGGGGUAGGUGGGCAGUUGCCCAGAUACUGAUAUUGAUCCCAAUGUGGUUAGUAAUUAUAUGCUAGUGACCCAUUAGAGUUUACAGGUUCACUCCAGACUUUUAGUUCCUAAUAAUUUGUAAGAGGAAUUAACAGGCAUUUUUCUAAAUAGCUUUUUUCCUUAUUCACACCUUUCACACUUUAUCUAUUUCUCACAUUUAGAGUACAAAAUAUUCCUUUGACUGGCAGAUAGCUGAUGCAAAUUGAGGCAGGUCAAUUUUCUACCGAAUUAGAUUAAAUUUAUCUCAAAUUAAAUGGACUGGAAAUAAUACAGAAAUGAACAGAUGAAACAUAAAUUAAAAGACAUUGAAUGAUAACUAUAAAAUAAAAAGGAAAAUGAUUUACCAAUUGA